CAUGUUAAUAAAUUUAUUGAACAUAUCUCCAAGGGUAUCUUUUGACAUAUCUCCAAGGGUCUCUUCCCAAAGAGCUUGUAGGGCUUCCAUUUCUGCAAGAGAUAAAUCUCGCCACUUGAGUGGUUCUAUUCCUUCAGAAUGGGGACUCCUGCCACUUGUAAACAUCACGCUUCUUGGAAACCGGUUAACUGGUCCUAUCCCCAAGGAGAUUGGAAACAUUAUCACGCUCGAAAGACUUGUCUUGGAAAAUAACCAGCUUUCUGGAACACUGCCCCCAGAGCUUGGGAGACUCUCGAACCUUAAACGACUCUUUCUGAGCUCAAACAAAUUCCGUGUCAUUCUCAAAACUGACCAACAUGAGGAUUUUGGUUCUCUAUGCAAGUGGGUUAUCUGGACCUAUACCUUUGUCAAUCGCUCAUCUCACAAAGCUGAAAGAUUUAAUGAUAAGCGAUAUGACUGGACCUGAAUUUUUCUUUCCACCACUACAGAGCAUGACACAGAUGAGGCAAUUGGUUUUGAGAAAUAUAAAUCUGAAAGGAGAGCUCCCAUCAUACCUUGGAACAAAUACCACCAACUUAACACUCUUGUAAGUUAUAUACUAACUUAUUUUCUGAUAGAGGAAAUGAUACAAACCAAAGGAACCCCAAAGGAUGCAAGAGUGAAACAAACUAACAGGAGCAAUACCUAGCUCGUAUGAGGAGCUUAGAGAUGUGGAAAAUAUGUAUCUCAGUGGAAAUAUGCUAAACGGAUCAAUUCCAAGCUGGAUGUCAAAAGAGAAAGAUAGAGAUAUAAUGUGAGUUUCCUCCUUUGAGUUCCAAACAUCUGCCAAAUAAACAUGUUUCUUAAACUUUUUUGAUUUUUCUGAUCUUACGUACAACAAAUUCUCAGAAGAUCUAACCACCAAAAAAUGUGUGGAACAACACAUGUAAGAAGACAUGCAGUAUUUUAAUAUUCAUAUGGUUUUUUAACUAGAAAUCUCAUUGUUUUUGGUACCAUUUAUCUCUUGUAAGGAUAUGUUUGCAGGUUCGUAAGUCGUAUUUCCUCAUUAUUUGUUGUUAAAGUCUCAACUUUGAAUGUACUUUUUUUGUUAAAGUCUAAAUUUGAAUU